AUGGCUGAAAGUUUUUCGAAGACUUACUCAGAGGAACUAGCUGCUCCCUUUUCUGAUCCCAUCCACAUUUGCUUGACCAUUCCUUCCAAAAGACCUACUCUAUCUGAAAAGAAUAAGAUUCCUAUCAUUGUCUUUCUCAGUAAAACUGGUGGAAACUCUGACUUUGGCUGCUACAUUUAUUCAAUUCCCAAUUUUCUUUUAAAUAGGUCAAAUGAUAAACAAAAUGAAAUUGUAUCCACAAUAUUAAACGAUUCAGAAGAAAAUCUCUUGGAUAUAACUAAAAGAUUGUCUCAACUAAUCUCAAAAAAAUUCAACUGUCCAAGCUAUGUUAAUGUCAGUGGUAAUAUUGAUAUAAUGGAAAGUUUAGGCUACAUCAAAACUACAAUUGAUUUCAUAGAUAAAAAGUUUGAUGAAACUGAAAAGUCAAACUCAGAAAAAUAG